AUGAAUGACCGAAGCAAGUCCUCACAAAAGUCAAGCUCAGUGUGUAAUGAUCUCCGUCUGGCAGGAAUAUUUUGUGAUGCAGUCAUCAAAGUUGAGGAUGUCGAAUUUCAAAUCCACAAGAUCAUCCUCUGUAACUGCAGCCCGUACUUCCGAGCGCUCUUCGAACGCUGGUCGACCGCAGACAGGAAGGUCUUUAACAUAUCGGGUCUGUCUCCUGACACGAUGCAGCUCAUCAUUGAGUUUGCAUACACCAACUCUAUUUCUGUGACGGAGAACAAUGUACAGGAUUUAAUGCUAGCAGCCGAUAUGCUCAAUAUAAUGGAUGUCGUACAAACCUGCUCCGACUUCUUCUGUGAGGAGUUCUGCCCAGAGAACUGCAUCGGCAUCUGGCAGUUCACAAAAAUCUGCUUCAGUUCUGAGCUGCAGUGCAAAGCCUACUGCUAUAUCACUGAUCACUUUGAGGAGGUUGUUUCCCAUGAAGAGUUCCUGCAGCUCUCUAUGCAGGAACUCAAUGAAAUCCUUGGUAGAGAUGACCUCAAUGUAAGAAAGGAGAGUACUGUUUAUGAGGCCAUCCUCCGCUGGAUUGCCCACAUACCCGAAGAACGAGAAGGACAUAUCACUGUGCUUUUCUCUAAGGUUCGGCUGGGCCUUACAAGUGCAGAGUACAUCAUGAGCAAUGUGAUGUCCAAUGAGCUAGUGAAGAAAAACACUGAGUGCCUGCAAAUGGUCCAUGAUGCCAUGCAAACCAGGUGUCACAUUAUCACAAACAGGCCCUUGGUGUCUGGCCUCUGUAACCCUCUCGCACGUCCUCGUCUGCCUAAUGCCAUCCUGUUGGCCAUUGGAGGCUGGAGCGGUGGUGAUCCAACUAACGGCAUUGAGGUGUACGAUGUCCGAGCUGACCGCUGGAUCAACGUGACGGACAAUCUGGAGCGUCCCCGUGCCUAUCACGGCGCUGCCUUCCUCAAUGGGUAUGUCUACUGUGUUGGUGGCUUUGACAGGGUGGAGCAUUUCAACAGCGUGCGCAAGUUUGACAUGAGCACACACAGCUGGCAUGAGGUGGCACCCAUGUAUUGCCGCCGCUGCUAUGUGAGCGUAACAGUGCUGAACGGGUGCAUCUAUGCCAUGGGAGGCUAUGAUGGACACACUCGACUCAGCUCCGCAGAGCGCUACAGGCCCGAAACCAACCAGUGGAGUCUUAUUGCACCCAUGCACGAGCAGAGGAGUGACGCCAGCUGCACAACACUCCAUGACAAGGUUUACAUUUGUGGUGGCUUCAAUGGGAAUGAGUGCCUGCUAACAGCUGAAUAUUACAAUCCAGAGAACAACCAGUGGACAAUGAUCACCCCCAUGAACAGUAGGCGCAGUGGAAUUGGAGUCAUCGCGUAUGCAGACCAUGUCUAUGCAGUUGGUGGCUUUGAUGGCAACAGUCGUCUGCGCAGCGCAGAGGCCUACAACCCACUGACCAACAGUUGGCACGUAGUGUCCCCCAUGUUGACCCCCCGCAGCAACUUUGGCGUCGAAGUGAUUGAUCACCGACUCUUUGCUGUAGGGGGCUUCAACGGUUUCACCACCACCUAUAAUGUUGAGUGCUAUGACAGUACAACAGAUGAUUGGUCUGAGGCUUGUAACAUGGAGAUCUACCGCAGCGCCCUGAGCUGCUGCGUGGUGUUCGGACUCCCCAGCAUGGUUGACUAUGCUGUCCCUCGUGACGCCCUGCCGCUUUUACAUUUCGAGGACGAGGCAGUGGAGCCAGGAGACUCCAUCUAA